AUGAAUACAGCUUUUGGAGCUUUCCCCAUGUUCUUCCAGCAUCCGUCGGUGUAUGGCCUGUCACGGAUCACCCCUCACUUGUACCUCAGUGAUGGCGCCACUGCCAGUAAUAAGCUCCUGCUCUUUACAAAUCAAAUCACCACUGUCAUCAAUGUCGCUGUGGAGGUGGUAGACACUUUCCAUCCAAACAUUGAGUAUAUGUAUGUUCCUGUGGUGGACUCCCCCGUCUCCUGGAUCUACAGUUGCUUUGACACCGUAGCGGAUAAGAUACACAGUGUGAGCAUGCAUCAGGGCCGAACGCUGCUGCAUUGCGCUGCAGGCGUCAGCAGGUCAGCCACCGUGUGCUUAGCCUAUCUCAUGAAGUACCAGUCUAUGUCUCUGGCGAGCGCGCAUGCCUGGGUCAAGUCUUGCCGUCCCAUCGUACGACCCAACAAUGGCUUCUGGCAGCAGCUCAUUCAGUACGAGUAUAAGCUCUUUGGUACUAACACAGUCCGAAUGAUCAGCACUCCACUGGGAUUGAUACCUGACGUUUAUGGAAGGGAAGUAAGACUAACGGUACCGUUCUGA